UAAACAUUAGAGAAAUCCUUAAGAAGUUGGCACACUUCAACUCGAAUAAGUGUCAAUGCUGAUAGCCAGCUAUUACGGAGUAUAAAACAUGCAUGUCUAUAUAAAGGAAACAAACAUCGAUCAACACUACAACAAAACAGUAGAUAAUUAACCAAUUAGAAAAAUACAAUCCAAGAAAAUGAAGGGAGUUGCAUUAGUGGUUGUCGUCUUUAUCCUUGCAUCAGCGCUUGCUGAGGCAGGACUGCCGAUAAACAAGCCUAAGAAAGUCCGGUGCAAAAACAAGUAUUCCCCUUGUUAUGAAAAAGAUCUGUACUGUCCAGCUUCGUGCCCUCGAACAUGUUCAGUUAACUGUAACAGUUGUCAGGCUGUCUGUGGACUUGUGCCACCAUUUCCACCUCCCCCAUCUAAGUUCCAAAAGCCAAAGACAGUUGAAUGUAAGGACAGGAAGUUCAGUUCUUGUUACAACAAACCUCUUAAUUGUCCUGCUUCUUGCUCGCGUACUUGCAGUGUUGAUUGUGCAACCUGUCAGCCUGUUUGUCAUUCUGUAAAUCUGCCACAUUCACCUAGUCCCAAACGUGUUAGGUGUAUGAACAAGAAGUACCCUGCUUGCUACUACAGGGAGUUCAUUUGCCCUGCUGCUUGUCCUCAGACCUGUCAAGUUGAUAGUGUCACUUGCAGUCCUGUUUGCAACUGCAACAAACCAGGAGCAGUGUGCCAGGACCCAAGAUUCAUCGGAGCAGAUGGCAUCACAUUCUACUUCCACGGAAAGAAAGACCAAGAUUUCUGCCUUGUUACAGACUCCAAUCUCCACAUUAACGCUCACUUCAUAGGGAAGCGUGACUCCAACAUGGGAAGGGACUUCACUUGGGUCCAGUCCCUAGGCAUCCUCUUUAACAACCACACACUCUACAUUGGAGCCUUAAAUACCACUACUUGGAACGAUGCCAUGGACCGACUUUCACUUUCCUACGAUGACCAACCCAUCAACCUCCUAGAGACGGAAGGUGCUAGCUGGAAAUCUACAGACAGUAGUGUGAGUGUGAUUAUAACAAGGUCAAGGUCCACAAACGCGGUUGAGGUUGAGGUAGAGGGAAACUUUAAGAUCAAGGCUGUAGUAGUCCCCAUAACAGAGAAGGAUUCAUUGAUACACAAGUAUGGUAUAAGUCCCAAAAAGGAUUGUUUUGCUCACCUUGACUUAAGCUUCAAGUUUAACUCCUUAAGUGAUGAAGUGAAUGGGGUGUUAGGCCAAACCUAUGGAAGAAACUACACCAGCCGGGUUAAAAUGGGAGUAGCUAAUCCUGUACUUGGAGGGGAAAAGGAGUUCCAGUCCUCAAGCAUGUUUGCUACCGAUUGCGCAGCUGCAAGGUACAAUGGGAAUUGGAAUUAUGGGAGUUAUAGUUAUCAAAGGAUCAAGUAUGCUGAUCUCAACUGUGCUUCUGGCACUAGUGGCCGUGGAGUUGUCUGCAAACGCUGAUAAAUAUUCUCAACUACUGAAUUAUUAAGUUUAUUAUUAAUUGCGAAUUAAAUUUGUUAAAUUGUGUGAUUGUUUGUUUGGUUAGUUGGAUUAUGUUUUACUAAAUAUUUCACACGUACUUAUUGUAUACCACUAUUAAUAAUGAGAUUACACUCAACUUGUUUUAAAUUGGGUGUUUGUUUGCUUGCUUGGAUUAUGUUUUCAUUUUAGAUUGAACACAUACUUAAUGUACACCACGUCACCACGUACUAUUAAUAAU